AUGGCCGCGGCGCCGCCUCUUCGACACACAGUCCGCCAGGUGGCCGGCGCCAACCCCAGACCGCAACUUUGGGAGUGGCAAGCACCGCCUGCCAAGAAGACCUCGAGGUCGAGAAAAGAACACCGGAAAUCAAGGCGGACUAUUGGACAAGACCCAGGUCUGCUCUACUUCCUGGAUGCGCUGGGCUACCCUGACACCGCCGGAUUCGAUGUGCUGGGGCGCAUCCGACCCAGACCUGACAGACAGGAUGGGCGAUACCAGACGCCCGCCUCCCUGCACACGCUCAGAGCUGGCGUACCUGCGCCACAAGCUUUCCGCGCCCCAGGAAGACGAGACGGGCAGCGUCAAGCUGGCCAUGACUUGCUCAACGCGUACCGCCAGUGGCCUGUCAAGGAGCCGGCCCACUGCGGCACCUUCUUGCGCGCCGCCUCUGGGCCUACUCUCUGGUUCCACUUCGCCAUUUCCAGAGCCCUCCUCUUCAUCGUCGGCGGCCACUACGUGGACGACUUCACCCAACUCCGCCUUCUACGGCUUCGCCGACUUCUUCAAGGCGAUGGGCCUCCGAAGCAAGCCAUCCGAGCCCCAGCAACCUUGGUGGACACAUGUCAUACAGGGUUGGCGGGGAAGCUGAACUUCGUCAACCAGUCCAUCUUCGGUAAGGUCGGCAGGGCGGCACUAUCGCCUAUCUAUGCCAGGGCUAGCGCUACUGGAACAGGUGCCGCCGAGAUGCGCACCAUUCACAGCGCCAAGGGCGGUCAACUGCGUCAUUUACGCAGACGCCUUCUUCCUCGAGGGCGAGCUGCGACACGACACGAGGCUGGAUGGGUGCUGACCAAUGCACCCAUGACCAAGUCCCAACAGGCGUCUAACGGUUGGGGCUACGUCGCGUCGUCCGCAUUGGUGAGACGGUCUGGUAUGACUCCGGUUCAAUUCGUCCGGAAGUUUGACACCCGUCGAGCUUACGUUUACAUGCUGGAGGUCCUGGCCCGGAUCCUGGCGGUGGUUACCCUGUCCGGCCUCUUGGGCGAAGACUGGGUGGCGUUCAUCGACAACGCCGCCGGCGAGUGGGCCUUGAACAAAGGCUAUGGCCGUGACAAGGCCGUUAACGGCCUCCUCUCCGCCUUUUGGUCAUUGGCGGCGUCGCGCUCCUGGAGGCCUACCUUUUAUAGGAUCACCUCUGAGGCGAACAUCGCUGACCCUAUCUCAAGGGCGGACUGCGCCCUGGCAGUGCGCCGCAACUGGUCGCAGGCAGACACGAAGCUCGACCAAAUCUUGGAAAUCCUGGCCUGGGCCGCCGACGACCUCGAGAUGCGGUCCACAGGGCGGCGUCUGACUUGA